UUAGUUGGUACUCGGCAGACACUGAUGGUCAGAGCUGCUGUCCGUGCAAAGGAUGAGACAAAUACUUUUACUCUUGCUAUUCGCGACCCUUGUUUAUGGGUUAAUAAGGGUUCCCCUGAAGAGACAGAAGUCCAUUCGAAAAAAACUGAAGGAGAAAGGGAAGCUUUCCCACGUAUGGACUCAGCAGGGAAUAGACAUGAUUCAGUACACCGAUUCCUGCAGCAAUAACCAGGCCCCCAGUGAGCCCCUGAUUAACUACAUGGAUGUGGAAUACUUUGGCGAGAUCUCUAUUGGCACUCCUCCUCAGAACUUCACUGUGAUUUUUGACACUGGCUCUUCAAAUUUGUGGGUUCCAUCUGUGUACUGCAUAAGCCCAGCCUGUGCUCAGCACAACAGGUUUCAGCCUCAGUUCUCAAGCACCUAUCAAUCAAAUGGAAAUAAUUUCUCCCUUCAGUAUGGAACUGGUAGUCUCUCAGGCAUCAUAGGAACUGACUCUGUUUCUGUAGAAGGUAUCUUGGUGCAGAGCCAGCAAUUUGGGGAGAGUGUGUCUGAGCCAGGCAGUACUUUUGUUGAUGCUGAAUUUGAUGGCAUACUGGGUCUGGGAUAUCCUUCUAUUGCAGUAGGGGACUGUACACCUGUAUUUGAUAACAUGAUGACUCAGAAUCUGGUGGAAUUGCCAAUGUUUUCUGUCUAUAUGAGCAGAAAUCCAAAUUCCCCAGUAGGAGGGGAGCUGGUGUUUGGGGGGUUUGAUGCAUCUCGCUUCUCUGGCCAGUUAAAUUGGGUGUCUGUUACUAACCAAGGCUACUGGCAAAUACAGCUGGAUAACAUCCAAAUAAAUGGUGAGGUGGUAUUCUGCACUGGUGGAUGUCAGGCUAUUGUUGACACAGGCACUUCUUUGAUCACCGGUCCCUCUUCUGAUAUUGUUCAGCUUCAAAGCAUAAUUGGAGCAUCUGCUGCAAAUGGAGAUUAUGAAGUGGAUUGCAGUGUUCUGAAUGAAAUGCCAACAGUGACUUUUACUAUUAAUGGAAUUGGGUACCAGAUGACACCACAACAAUAUACUCUACAAGAUGGUGGUGGCAUCUGCAGCAGCGGCUUCCAAGGUCUCGAUAUUUCUCCCCCUGCUGGACCUCUCUGGAUCCUAGGAGAUGUUUUUAUCGGCCAAUAUUACUCUGUAUUUGAUAGGGGUAAUAACAGAGUGGGACUUGCCCCAGUAGUACCUUAUCCACCACUUAAGAAUGGUGUGUGAUUAUCUCAAUUAAGCUUUUAGCAUGUUUUAAAAGCCAAAGCUAAUUUGAGUUCUGGCUUAUCUAAUUUAUCUCUGUAACAGUGGCGUAACAAUAGAGGAAGCAGACCCCAUGGGGGUGGGGGGCGGGGGCAGGAGACAUGAUGAGGCCCGGGCCACGGGGUCUGCUUCCUCCAUUUUACAUGUAAAUCCCUGUUCCAUGCCAGCUCCAAGGUAGGUAGGUGGGGGGGCACGUCAGGGCAGGGGGCGCUGGGCCCUUUUAAAGAUUUGUUUGCAGGGAGGUCCAGUGUACGCCACUGCUAUGUAAUACACCCUAGCUUUGCACUUACCUCUGUUACCUCUGUUUUCCUUCUAACAGAUAUAUUACAUAAGGUACUAUUUUACACAUUUGCUGUGAGUCUUGGGAGGUGCAAGUAACACUUCUACCUCCGUACUCAUGAAAAAAGCCUUUCAAAUUACAUGAAAUGAGGUUAUGCAAAUUUACUAAUGUCUAGUUGUUAGAACUUGCAGUUUAAUAUAAUCGUAUUCUAGAUUAGUCUAGGUUAGUCUUUGAAUUAUUUUUAUUUUUGAAAAAUGACAAAUAAAAAAAAACUUCCUGAAAAA